GAAGUUAUAAGCGGUAAGAAUAAAAGUGAAAAUAGAGUCUACAGAAAAAACCCCAAACAAAGUCGAAACAGAGCUGGAAAUAGGUGGCUUCAUGCAUCACUAGUCUCAGGGAUACAGAGAGGAUAAAAAUAUGGCAGAUGAUGAUUCGGAAGGAAGAGUUGUUCAAUACUUCCACCGUCAGGGAUCUAUGGAGUCAGAAUUUAUCUGUGGCUGUUGUUCAGACCUCCUAAUUCAACCCACCACACUGACUUGUGGACAUAGCUUCUGCAGACUUUGUUUAGCACAGUGGUUCAUUCAAUCCAGGAAGAAAACAUGUCCUUUCUGUCAGCAAGCAUAUGUAGGAUGUCCCUCUGUGAACAUCGCUAUCAAAAACAUAAUUGAAAAGUCUUACUGGGAUAAAUUAAAAGAGAGGGAGGCAGAAGUUAGCAAUCCAGACAAUGAGAAUUUGAUAAGGAUUUUAGAACAGGACGUCAGUGUACCAUCAAACUCUCCUCGGAGGAAUGUUUUCAAUCUACAACAAAACGAAAAUGCACAGGCUCAAAAUUUCUGCUCUGGAAUAUGUGUUAUGGGUGGAAUAAUAUUACUAAUAUACCUUGUGAUGUACUGGAGAAGCUCGGGGUCAGAUUUGCUCAUUCACAAACCUCCGAUUCGAUGGAGUACAGAUGAUGUAGCUGAGUGGUUGUCUGAUCUUGGUUCAUGGACUGCUGACUAUCAAAAAAUGGCAAGGCUUAAUACAAUAGAUGGAAGACUCCUGCUUGCUGUUGACAGUGCUAGCCUUGAGUCCAGUUUGAAUGUCACCAAUGACCUCCAUGUAAAAGCCAUUUAUAAUGCAAUUCAACAGCUGAAGGAGUUUAAUAUGAAACUUCCAGCCUCACUCUGGGAGUACAAGGCCCUGAAUCCAGGUCGGUCUCUGUUCCUUGUGUAUGGUAUCAAAGAUUUCCCUCGGACAACAAUGCUCUACCUGUACCUGUUUCAAUAUGAUGACAUUUUUGUACCGUUUCUACAUUCCACAUACCCAGAGAACACAGACAUGCCAGUUAUCCACAUAUUUGAUGACCCCAGUAGAAGACAGGAGAUCGAGUUUUUGUCCACUUAUGCAGUCCUGCCUUACUGGGUGGUGUCCAAAUUCUGUUGGUCUUGGCUUGACACGCACUUCUGGAUAUCUAUUAUAAUGCUCUUCAACUGUGCCACUUUAACGUUCAUAGAAGCUAAAGCAUUUAAACAAUUCUUCCCGAUUCGAAAGGAAUAUUGUAGAGCCGGUCUGCAGAGUUACGGUAAAAGCAUCCUGUCCAUGAUCUUCUUCGUGAUCGUGUGGCCACUCGUGCCUUCUCUUGUAUGUGAUUUUCUCUUCUACUCAGUUUUGAUUUUUACGCCUAUCCAUAAUAUGCGUGAAAUAAGAAAAGGCUUCAGGUAGAAAAGAGUCAAAAGGUAUCAAUUGUAGAUUUCAGACAUGUACAAAAAGGGUUUUUUAUUUCUGUAUAUGCAAUUUUAACAUGUCAUGUUAUAUUGGUCGACUUUGAAGUUUUUUUCUUAGUUUAUGAUUAGGCAGUCAUUAUGUAAUAACAUUGUUUUAAGUUUCGAGAAUGCAAGUUUUUAUGUAUUUAUUUUUUCAAAUAUAACUUAUUUAUAACAAUUCUUAGUUAUUUAAUUCAUUUAAACGCUAUGGUUUUUAUUUAUAGUUUGGUGUAGGUUGACUGCUUUGUUUUCUGUUAAAUUGAUAUGGGUGAGUAUAUGAUGUUUAUGAGUUCUACGGAUGGAAGUAAAUAUGUAAAUUGAAUGUAGUUAUUUUCUACGUUGAUUUUUAGUAGUUAUCAUAUCCCCAACAAACAUAUAUGCCCCUUCCUUUGGGAAAAAACCCACAACUUUGGUAUGCCAAACUGUUGAUCACAAAUAUUUCUUGGGUCAGAUACUUUUGGUCAAGGUCGUUUUGGAAAGGUCAAGGUCACUCAGAACAUACAUUAUAUUAGGAAAAAUUCCUUUAACGGUUUAUGAACAGGUAUUAAUACUUAGUGUACGUUUUACAAAUGAAUCACAUGACCUUCUAAAAGCAACGAAAGUAUUAAACUAGUAUGAAGUUCCACUGUGUAGAUGCAAGUUUUCCUAAGUAACACCCUUCCGGAACCAGACUAUGACAACGGUUGGAGUCCAGGGUUUAUUUUUCAUAUAGGAGUAUUUAGCAAACUUUCUACUAAUAACUUUCCUAAUUCUAUAUUGGUCAAAUAAUGGUUUUUGGUUCCACAAAGAAACCACAACAAUGAAAUAGAAGUUGAGUUUCAUUUUAUCUAGAAAUGUUUUAUGUUGAUUUCAGAAAAAAAUAUAUUAAAGGUUUGUAGUACACGAAAGCAGCUGUCUUUAAAUUAGUUAAACAUCUAGUUAGUUAAGUUUAGUUAGUAAUUAGUUAAGACAAUACUAAAUAAUUAUUACAUGGGGAAAUUCCUAUAGUACAAGCUGAGAGAGCGUUAUAAUUCAAGACCGUGUAGUAUUAGAUUAUUAUAUGUGUGACUCAUUAUGUGAUUAGAAUGAUCAUGUAUGUAAAUUUCCUGCUCCCAUCUUCUGUUCACUCACUCAUUGCCUUAUAAAAUUAAAUACAUUUCUGAAUGUACAUGUACUAUAUAUUCCGAAAUGAGUUGUAUAACUGAAGACAAUAAAGAAUUGAUUCGGGAGAAAUGAACAGAUACAUCUCACAUGAUCGUUAUUUCUCGAUCACCUAUUGUAUGUAUGUUUAAAAAUGUAAUAUUGUUGAUUACUGUCUUUGAUGAGUAUUUUUAUUUAUGAUGUUACUGUCAGCGGUUUUACAUUGUUAAUCACCGGUGAUAUUUUACAUGGUGUUGUUUCUCUUAUCAAUUUUGUAACGAAAUAUAAAACUUGUAUGAAAAUUCAUCAAUAAAUUUGAAAACAUAAA